CCCCAAUACAGUUCACUCCUCUCGAACUCGUCCUCCAUUCCAAAACUCAGUUUCUAGGGUUCCAAAAAUUCUCUAGUAGCAAGAUCAGAGAAAUCCCCCAAAAUAACCCAUCAAAGAUGCAAGUUAGUGGAGUUACUUGAGUGGUUUACAAUAAAAUCAGCGAAUUGAAUCUUUGGAAACUGAAAUCGUGUAAGUCAGGUUCAUCUCUGAGCCGUGCACCUUGCCACUUAUCAGCUUCCAAUCAAACUUACACAAUAUGAGUAAGCAGAGACAAUCCAAGAUUUCUUUUGGUGGUUCGAAGCAACCGGUUGAUCCAACUUGGGAACACUGUAAGGUAGUAACCAGUGGUAAGAAAACUGUUUUGACUUGCAAUUAUUGUGGUAGCAAAUAUAGUGGAGGUGUUUAUAGAAUGAAACAGCAUCUUGCACAAACUAAGAAAGAUGCUGCUAUGUGUAAGGAGGUUCCUCCAGAAGUAAAACAAUUCCUUCUUUCCUAUAUUAAAAAGUUUGAGAAUGAUAAAGAGAAGUGUGAAGAAUUGGGUGAUCUGAAUGGUGAAGAUGAGUUAGGGACUAGAGAGAAGUUGAUGAGAAAUGCUUUAGAUGGAACUAAGACACCUAACACAUUGAGUACCUACUUCAAGAAGCCUAAGAGAGAAGAUGCUUGUAUGGCUAUAUGUGAUUUUUUUUAUGCGAAUGCCCUGCCGUUUAAUUUAGUUAACAACAAGUAUUUUAAGAGAAUGUUAAAUAUGGUUGGAGAGUUUGGAAAAGGGUUGAAGCCCCCUUCCAUGCAUGAGGUAAGGGUCACAAAUUUGCGAAAGAAAGUGGAAUAUGUUCAUGGUACAUUGGCCACAUUCAAGCAAGAGUGGAAAAGAACAUGUUGUACUUUGAUGUCCGAUGGAUGGACGGACAAAAAACAUAGGUCUAUUACAAACUUCUUGGUGAAUAGUCCUAGUGGUACGUUUUUCCUGAAAUCGAUUGAUACAUCCGACAUACAACAUAACGCAGAGAAUUUAUUUGCAUUGCUUGAUGGCAUUGUUGAGGAAGUCGGAGAAGAAAAUGUUGUGCAAGUCAUUACUGACGGGGCAUUGGCAUAUGUGAAAGCAGGUGAAUUGUUGAUGGAUAAGAGGAAAAGCUUGUAUUGAUCAAGUACAAUACAAGCAGGUACAUACAAAGAGAAGGAACCGAUUGUCGCAACAAAGAUUAAAUGCACUUGUUUAUGUCAAGUACAAUCUCCAACUAGAAGAAACGUUCACAAAAAGGAAUGAACAAGGAGAUUCUUAUGAUCCAAUAUGCUUGUCAGAUAUGGAAUCCGAUGAUGAGUGGAUCACUGAGAAAGAUGGUGCUUCUUUGCAACCAGAUCCUACAUGGAUGGAUCUAAGUUAUGUGAAUUAUAUACAUCUUUGAUUUCUUACAAGCUAGUCAGUGGACAGAUUUUUCUCUUUGAUACAAUUUUAAAUAAUUGGAUAUUAAUUAUGAUUCGUGUUUGUUGUAGGGCCAAGAAACCUUAGUACCAUGAAGCUUGCGCAAGGUAAAGGGAACAAUAAUGGAAAAGAAGCAAGACUUGUAGAGGAAAAUGAGAUAGAAGAAGUUGAAGAGGAUGAAAUAGAGGAAGAGACUUAUGUAGAAGAAAUGAGUGAAACUGAAAUACAAGCAGAAAGUGACAAUGAAUGGCUUUCUGAUGAUGGUUUUGAUAUGGGAGAUCAUUAACUUUAUCAUGACAUGAGAACAUAUUUUGAUGGUAGUUAUCUACAUAUAAGUAGAUAAACUGAUAUAGGCUUAUAGUUAUCGGCAGAUAUAUUUUGCAUAUAUUUUGGUUAAGGCUUCAUAUUUUGCAUAUAUUUUGCUUAUAUUUUGGCACCAGAAGCAUACUUUUUGGGAUUUUGGGGGAUAAUUAGACACUUAACCAUAUUUUGUAUAGUGAAACACGGAUUCUAUAUCACUUUGAGCCUGUGACUUGAACAUUGAUGAAUGAAAACGUAUAUUUAUGGAUGUUA